GCCAGAAACCAGUUCAACGGUGGACGGCGAGCGGGACACGUUCGUGUGUCCGUCAGCGACACCACGCAUCUUUUCUAACCCAUUUUUUUUUUUUUUUGACCAACCGACAGACCGAUCUCGCUACAUGAUCGUAGACGAAAAUCGCGAGUGCAUCUAACCAGGAUAUUUCUCCAGGGAGCCUCGUCGAUUGCCAACUGACCGGAUAUCCGAACGAUAUCGGAGGACCAAAAGCAAAACGAGGAAACAAAUGCAGUAAACAUGCCGUCGUUGCUGGAAGCGCUGGAGCUGAAGUACGGCAGUUCAACGACCGACUGUUCCCUCACCGACGAGGAGACGGAGUCGAGCUCGCCGAAGGCCGCCCUCUCGGUCAGCAUUUUCAUACCGAAGAAGUCACCCCGUCACACGGUGCCGGCGUUGCUCGUACUGCAGGACUGUGACAUCGAGUCGGCCGGCAACGACGCGGAGAAGCUCCGAAGUAAAUGCAAAAACGUGGAGGAGCUGGACCUAGCGCAGAACAAACUAUCACAAUGGACCGAGGUGUUCGGCAUCCUGCAGCACAUGCCGAAGAUCAAGUUCGUCAACCUGAGUUUCAACUGUUUGGCCGAGGUGUUCGACAUCAAGCACGGCAGCUACGAUCUGUUGAAGAAUCUGGUGUUGAACGGGACCAGGGUGACCUGGUCGACCGUUCAGGGAUUGAUCCGUCUGCUUCGUAACCUGGAGGAGCUGCAUCUGUCCUUGAACGAGUACAAGACGGUGGAUCUCGAUUAUCAGAUGCCGGAGAGCAAGAACGUCUCGGUGAAGAAGCUUCACUUCACCGGGAAUCCCGUUGAGGUGUGGAACGAGAUCUCCAAACUGGGGUAUAUAUUCCCGAAUCUGGAGAGCCUCGUGCUGGCCGAGUGUCCGAUAAGGUCGUUGGCCCUCGUAGACAAUAGGAACUCGAACGAGGAGCCGUGUUCCAAGAAUGAGCCGGAGAAUCUGAGCGAGGACAAUGAGAAUAUGAACAGUCUGGAUACCGAGGAGAACACGUCGGUGGACGAGAAAGGGAACAGGAUAUUUAGCGAGGGGAAGGUGAACUACGACAGGUCCGAGUCAGAGUCGGAGUCCAGUGGAACGACCAUCAGGUCAUCUCACGACCCAUUCAGAAAGCUUAGGUUCCUAAACUUGAACGGCACUUUGUUGUCCACGUGGGACGACGUGGAACGAUUGGCCAGGUUCCCAGCACUUAAGUCUCUGAGGAUUCAGGGCUGUCCUCUUUUCGAGAGUCCUCGAGAAUACACGGAACACGAGAGGCGGCAGCUUUUGAUCGCCAGGCUGCCAAAUGUCGAGACAUUGAACGGCGGCGGCGUGAUAUCCUUUCAGGAGCGCGAGGACGCCGAGAGGGCCUUCAUUCGCUACUACAUGGACAAGCCGGAAGCGGACAGGCCAGAAAGGUACUCCGAGCUGGUGGCUAUUCACGGAAAGCUGGACCCUCUGGUGCACGUUGACCUGACGCCCGAGAAAAGAGUCAAGGUCACGUUCACCUACGGAGAUCUGAUCGAGGUUCGGUCCAUAGACGUGUACAGAACGGUUUUCGAGUUGAAAACCAAGCUGGAGACGAUGGUGAAAAUCCCGGCGAAUAGGAUGAGACUGUUUUACGUGGAUCAGGUGAUGAAGUCGCAGUACGGGCCGGAAGAGAUGCUGUACCCGAACAAGCAGCUGUACCGAUACAACAUCCGCAACGGCGACGAGAUCAUAAUCGACAGCAAGUUGAAUCGCUUCGUGUCGACGUCUUCGACCACCACGUCUUCCAUUCGUUCAUGAAGAAGGUUCUGCAGCGAGUCGUCGGACGACGCGAAACAUACCUGAGAGAGAGAGUUGUGUACAGGGAUCUGAUCUCCUGACAAACGGAUCUACGAGCCGAGAUGGCCUCGGCUCAGUACCUACGUCAUAGAUCGUAUUACGAUCCAGGGACUCGGGACUUUUUUAUAUAUAUACACGUAUAUGCCGAGUAAUCGUUCUAGAAAUUAUAUAUUUAUCGAUUCUUCAGGGUUUGAGAAGCAUAACGGGUAACGUUAAGGACUGGGAAGAGGCGAGCUUGCGUGCGCGCGCGCGCGCGACGAACGAGAAGCUUGAGUUUUUUACAAUACAUACUGAACAUACUUCGAUAGAAACGGGACGAAAUUUUCACUUACACAUAGGCACACGUAUAUUCUGUAUCAUCUGUUUUUAUGGAAAAAGAGAAGAACUCCAACGCUGGUGGCGUUUGCCACAGUGAAUCUUGCGACUCUUCUUCGAAGCUUCGCACUGAAUUGUUUAGCGUAGAUUGCAGUCGAGCCUGUCGG